AUGGCGUCCGACACCAGCGACACGGAGGAGUUUUACGAUGCGGCGGAGGAUGUCAACUUCACUCCCUCGCCCCACGCGUCACCUGCAAAGUUUGAACUUCCUCAGCCUGGGGGUCCCACAGAGAGUGUGGUACAGGAAGUUGCUGCUGGAUUAGCUCAACCAGAACCCCGUCAUGAUGAUUCUCUUCAGAUCAUUGACAGUAUUAUCGAGGAGAGUCAGAAGAGUGGUGUUGAGGAAGAGUUGUUGAGAACAGAAGACACCUGUGAAGCCAGUUCUGAAGGGGAGAAGCCAGAAGCAGAGGACUGUAGUGUUGAAGAAACCCCAGCUCCUGAGGUUCUUGUGGUGGUGCUUCCGGAGGAUCCCGAUGUGACUCCACGUGACUCUGGUUGCACUGAGCAGGUGCCCGAUGUAAGACCGAGGGAAGUGAGGCCACAGGACAUUCAUGAUAUAGCACCGGAUGUGGCGGGUUCUGCUCAAGUGGGUCAAGACCAGGGUAUCCCACCUCCUCCUGACAUUACCAGUGCUCUGGGUCAGCCAUCGCUACCUGUUUCCCUGCCCUGUGCAGAGACGGCUGAUAUUCUAGAGCAGGUUUCUACGUCUGAUGGCGAUGGGCCCGGCCCUUCCAAACCUCCCAGACAGUUUACAGUGGAGCCUGACAUUGUAGCGAGCACUAAGAAGCAACCGCCCUCAAGGCCGCCUCCACCCUCCGGGGCUCCUCCUCCUCGGCCGCCUCCCCCAUCACGACCCAGCUUUUCAGCUAGCAAAAAGUCCCAGGAAGCGAUUCGACCAACAGGACUUGAAGUCUCUAUAGAGCCAGCAGAAGAGCUGUGUGGAUUGGUCAGCCCGAACGCCACAGUCCGAUGCAUUACUAAAGAAGUCCAGCACUCCUUGGACCUUGCUAGCGCCACUAGUGGAGAUAAAGUCGUCACUGCACAGGAAAAUGAUGAGCAGGCAUCAAGUCCUAGUGGUGCUGAGACUGCUGGACCCCAAAGACCAAGGUCUAACUCGGGCAGAGAGCUUACAGAUGAGGAGAUUCUUGCGAGUGUGAUGAUCAAGAAUCUGGACACUGGUGAGGAGAUCCCUCUGAUCCAGGCUGAAGAGAAACUACCCACUGGAAUCAACCCGCUCACACUGCACAUCAUGAGAAGAACCAAGGAGUACAUCUCAAACGACGCAGCACAGUCGGAUGAUGAUGAUAAAUCCCAGCCUGCCCUUACUGACACAGAUGGAGGGAAGCUGAAACAGAGAACAACACAGCUAAAGAAGUUUCUGGGUAAGUCAGUAAAGAGGGCGAAACACUUGGCAGAGGAAUAUGGAGAGAGAGCUGUGAAUAAAGUGAAGAGCGUUCGAGACGAGGUCUUCCACAACGACCAGGAUGACCCAUCCUCCAGUGAUGACGAAGGGAUGCCGUACACACGACCGGUCAAAUUUAAAGCGGCUCACAGCUUCAAAGGGCCCUUUGACUUUGACCAAAUCAAAGUGGUGCAGGACCUGAGCGGAGAGCACAUGGGUGCCGUCUGGACAAUGAAGUUCUCUCACUGCGGACGGCUAUUGGCAACAGCAGGCCAGGAUAAUAUAGUUCGGAUCUGGGUCCUCAAAAAUGCCUAUGACUAUUUCAACAACAUGAGAAUAAAAUACAACACAGAAGGACGUGUGUCACCGUCUCCCUCUCAGGAGAGUCUGUGUUCCUCUAAAUCAGAUACAGAAGGAGGGUUUGGUGCUGCUGUGGAAGAUGCAGACACGGAGGACAGAAACGUCCCAUUCCGGCAGGUUCCUUUCUGCAAGUACAAAGGUCACACCGCUGACCUGCUAGAUCUGUCCUGGUCAAAGAACUACUUCUUGCUGUCAUCAUCAAUGGACAAGACGGUUCGCUUGUGGCACAUCUCCAGGAGAGAGUGUCUGUGCUGUUUUCAGCAUAUAGAUUUUGUUACAGCGAUUGCAUUUCAUCCUAGGGAUGACAGGUAUUUUUUGAGCGGUUCUUUAGAUGGAAAGCUGCGGUUAUGGAAUAUUCCUGAUAAGAAAGUGGCGCUGUGGAAUGAGGUGGAUGGACAGACGCGUCUGAUAACAGCAGCUAACUUCUGCCAGAAUGGAAAGUAUGCAGUAAUUGGCACCUAUGAUGGGCGCUGCAUUUUCUAUGACACCGAGCGCCUUAAAUAUCACACCCAAAUCCACGUUCGCUCCACAAGAGGCAGGAAUCGAGUAGGCCGCAAAAUCACCGGCAUUGAGCCACUGCCAGGAGAAAACAAGAUCUUGGUGACGUCAAACGACUCCCGCAUUCGCCUGUAUGACCUCAGAGAUUUGUCACUGUCUAUGAAGUACAAAGGCUACGUGAACAGCAGCAGUCAGAUCAAAGCCAGCUUCAGUCACGACUACUCUUACAUUGUGAGCGGCUCAGAGGACAAGUAUGUGUACAUCUGGAGCACGUACCACGACCUCAGCAAGUUCACCUCUGUACGGAGAGACCGCAAUGACUUCUGGGAAGGGAUCAAAGCUCAUAACGCGGUUGUGACAUCGGCCAUUUUUGCUCCUCAUCCGGAUCUCAUCGUGCCUCAGGAAGCAGGCUCCGAAAAACCCGACUCGGACUGUAAGAGCGACAGCACAGACGACUCGGAGACCAUCCCAUCAGGGGCGCUGAAAACAGACCACUCUGAAGUUCUGCUCUCUGCUGAUUUCACCGGAGCCAUUAAAGUUUUUGUCAAUGUUAAGAAAUAUUGA